GUUGGUGCUCGGGGCCUUCUGUGUUGCCACGGGCACAGUGCUGCUCACACCAUGGCUUGGGUCAUGAAUGCGCCACAGCCUCUCGAGAGACGUGGGUCCUCGGAGCCUCUUUAGUGCCGGAGCUCGGGCCGCAGGCGACUCCGCGGAGGUGAAAAAACAGAACCUCUGGAAUGGAUGGACUCUUCCCGAGCAGCUUUGCUAAUUUGCAGCAGCUGGACAAUGCUCCUCUUUAACACCUGUCGGCAUAAUCUUCACAUCAUUUCACUCUGGUGGCAGGGACUCAGCUCUGAAUUCUGUAUAGAAAAAGCACCUGGAUCCCAGUCUUUCAAUGGCUUCGAGACAACCAGAAAUGCCUGCCCUUGAGCCUAGGGGGCCUCUAGGCAAGAUGUCCCUGCCCAUCGGGACGUACCACCGGGCAUUCAGCUAUGAUGAUGCCCUGGAGGACCCUACGCCCAUGAUUCCUCCUCCAUCAGACAUGGACAGCAUCCCCUGGAAGCCAGUGAUUCCAGAGUGCAAGUAUCAGCACCUCGCCAAGGUGGAGGAAGGAGAGGCCAGUGUCUCGUCCCAUGCCCUGCCAUCGGCCACUGACGGUGCGGACAAGGUCCCCGUGGUGAAGGCUAAAGCUACCCAUGUCAUCAUGAGGUUUCUGAUCACAAAACAGACCCAGGAGAGUAUUCAGCGUUUUGAGCACCAGGCAGGGCUGAGAGAUGCUGGCUACACACCCCACAAGGGCCUCACCACCGAGGAGACCAAGUACCCUCGAGUGGCAGAAGCACUCCACAAACGAAAGCUCCAGAGUGGAGAGAUAACAAGAGAGGAGAAGCAGCCGGCCUCCACCCAGUCCACCCCAAGCAGUAACUCCCACUCUUCCCCUAAGCAGAAGCCCAGAGGCUGGUUCACUUCUGGUUCUUCCACAGCCUUACCUGGCCCCAAUCUUAGCACCAUGGAUUCUGGAAGCGGGGAAAAAGACAGAAGCUCGGCAGAUAAAUGGAGCCUCUUUGGACCAAGAUCCCUCCAGAAGUCUGAUUCCGGAGGUUCUGCCAUCCAGGCCUACAAAGGAGCCCAGAAGCCUUCUCCAGUGGAACUGAUCUGCAUGCAGGCCACCCGAAUGGCCGAGGAUCCAGCAGUGUUCAAGCCACCCAAAAUGGACAUCCCAGUGACAGAAGGGAAGAAACAGCUGCCGCGGGCCCACAAUCUCAAACCGUAGGACUUGAAUGUUCUCACACCCACUGGUUUCUAGAGCUCUUUCUGUUCCAGGGACUCUGGAUAG